AGAUUUUCCGAUUUCAAUUCAAUUUUUCUAUUUUUAUUAAUAUUUAAUAGAUUAGACCACAUUAGACCAGUUAAAAAGUGAUUUCAAGUGGAAAAACGUUUAUUGAUUAAUCAAAGGAAAUAUCUGCAAUAGUCAAGAAAAUAUAAGAUACAAGAUGCUGGAGUGGAGAAAAUUUAAUUUCUUUGAAUUAAAGCAAUACGGAGAUCAGGACGCAUUCUCAAACAUCUUAUCGGAUUCAGAUAUUGUAUGUUCAACUUCCGGAAACAGUCAGAUCAUCUUAGGAGAUUCUUGUGGAUUUAUUCAUGUAUUUCCUAAAAACUUUCGUGAUUCCUAUUCAUUUAAAGCCCACAACUCAAUAACUCACUGUGAACUAUCAACACAAAAUAAUCUGCUUGUUACGUUAGGUACCGACGAAACUGCGGAUUCACUUCCUGAAUUUAAAGUCUGGAAUCUGAAUAAAUUAAACAAAUCAGUUCCAGCUUGUGUUCGAAAUGUAAAGACAAAUUUACAACGAGCAACAUCAUUAGCAGUUUCUGAAAACGGUUUGAAUUUGGCAAUUGGAUUCGAAAGAGGAAACUUGACUCUUUAUAAAGGAGACAUUACCCGUGAUAAAGCAAAGUCUGUGAAAAAUGUGACAUUCGGUACAGCACCAAUUAAAGGAAUUACAUUUAAACAAGUUGGAAAAAUAUCACACUUGUUUGUUUGUUCCGAUUCUGGAGUUUAUUUGUACACGAUUCAUAGUCGAGACAAAGAGAUUAAAAAUGUGUUGGACACAAACGGCCCAAAUAUUGCAACAAAUUGUUGCUGGCUCCAACAAUCUAGUAAUUCUGAGGGAUAUUUUAUGGCUGGUCGAGAUGAUGCUAUUUAUUGCUAUACUCCUGAAGGACGAGCUCCAUGUUAUGCUUUUGAAGGCAGAAAAGUACUAAUUAGAUGGUUCCGAAAUCAUCUCUUAAUGGUGACAUGUCCUAUUAUGGAAAAUCCUUUACAAACCAAGCCCUAUACACUGACAGUAAUUGACGUCAACAAUCGAUUCAUUGUAUUUACAACACAAAUAGAAGUUAUAUCGUCAGUGUUUGUUGAGUUUGGUACAUGCUUUAUUCUGACAAAGAAUAAACUUUUGUAUCAUCUAGAUGAAAAAGAUCUUCAAAGUAAAUUGCAGUCUCUCUACAAAAAGAAUAUGUAUGACACGGCUGUUAAAAUAGCUAAAAACAAUCAGUAUAAUGAUGCUGAAGGAUUGUCAGACAUUUUCAAGAACUACGGUGAUCAUUUAUACGCAAAAGGAAACUUUUCAAGUGCUGUAGAACAAUAUAUUAAAACUAUUGGAUAUUUAGAGCCAUCUUAUGUCAUUCGACGAUUUCUCGAUUCUCGACACACUCAAUAUUUAACCGAUUAUCUCCAAAGUAUUCAUAAAGAAGGUAAAGCAUCGACUGAUCAUACAACGUUAUUAUUAAAUUGCUUUACCCGCUUAGAUAGAAUUGAUGAGCUUAAAUCAUUCCUUGAAAAUUAUCGACAAAAUCACUUUGACAUUGAUGUUGCAAUAAGUGUUUGUAGAAAAUCGUGCAUUGAUCAAGCAUUAAACUUGGCUAAAUUCAAUGAGAAGCAUAAUCAUGCAAUUAGUAUAAUGAUUGAGGACCUAAAAGAUUAUGAAAAUGCUAUUGAAUAUAUUACAAAAUUAUCAUACGAUGAUGCUGAGAAAAACAUUAUGAAAUAUGGAAGCUCAUUAAUGGAUCAUGUUCCUCAAAAGUUGAUUGUUCUGCUCAAAAAGCUCUGUACUGAUUAUGUUGCAAAGAAAUGCGAUGAGUCCACUAUUAAGGAAGAAGAAGAUCAUGACAUAUUUACAAUUAAUUACCGAAAUGGAGGUUUUAUAGACGAUAGAGAGCAAGCAACUCCAGAAGAUUUCAUUCACUUGUUUGGUGAUUCCAAGCGGUUGAUUGACUAUAUUGAAUAUUUGAUCAGGAAUCUACCAACAUGCUCUAAAGUUUUAUACAAUUCACUUAUUGAGCAUUAUUUAACGCUAUGGAAAAUAUCACUUAAUCCAUCAAAUGAACGAGCUGGUCUUGAACAACGAUUAGUGGAGUUGAUUAAAAAUUAUAGUCAAUUUUACGACAGUAAUCAUGUGCUUGUUUUAUGCCAGACUUAUGAAUUUUGGCUUGGCGCUAUGCUGAUUUAUGAGGAAAAGAAAUUGUACAAUUUGAUUGUACGACACUAUUUGAAUACUAAGGACUUUCCAAGUUUGUAUACUUUAUGUAAACGAUUAGGAACGACAGAUCCAUCAAUUUGGCUUGCAACUUUAAACGGCCUAAAAUCAUGUAAUCAAGUUCCUUCAUCGUUUUUACAAGAAACUUUGCAAGUUAUUGCCAGUGAGAAGCUACAAUCACCACUUCAAGUUCUAAACGUAUUGACAUCAAUUGAUAAAGGACCAAAUUUGUCGACUGUCCGUAGCUAUUUCAUGCAAAUAUUCCAAAAAGAAGACGAUUUUAUUCGAAAAGAUCGAGAAUCUGCUGAAAAGUAUCAUUCAGAGUCCGAGGAAUUAAAGCAGAAUAUUGAGACAAUUAAUAGAGAUGCAAUAGAAUUUCGUAGUAGUCUUUGUGAUGCUUGUCAUCAGCAAUUAAGCUUUCCAUCAAUAUUUUUUCUGUGUAAGCACUCUUUUCACAUGGACUGUAUAAGAAGCUUCUCUGAAACUGAAAAAGAUUGUAUGGUCUGUAGAAAAAAGAACAGUCAAUUGCUAGAUAUGAUGCAUGUCCAAAAUGAAAGCAGGAAUAAAAAUCAUGUAUUUCAAGAAAAACUCGAAAAUACGCACGAACAAUUUUCUGUCAUUGCUGAUUAUUUUUCGCGUGGCUUGUUCAAUAAAAUUGUGUUAUUAUCGGACGAUGAGGAUGAGAAUCGAGAAAGGCUUGAUGACAUUAAUAUUAGUCGAAAGAAUUUACCAUCACGUCAUGUUGAAAAGUCACUUCCAAAUAUCUCUGAAGCUAAGAUGCGAGUAGAAGAAAAUUUAAGAACAAAUGUUGAGCACAAGGCUCAAUUGUCAGAGGGUCGGAUGAGAUUACAAGAACAAAGCUAUAAAUUAAGCAAGCCAGUCGAACGUCAACAAGUUCCACAGAAAAAGGUUUCCUUACCAAUAACACAACAAAGAGAAAAACAGGAAAUUAAAGCAGCAUAUCCAAUAACAAAUAAUCCAUUUGACGAUGAGUCUGAUGAUGAUAAAAAUCCGUUUAAGGAUGAUGCUAAUUAUGAUGAUAAGCUGAAUCCAUUUGCUGAUACAGAUGAAGCAGAAGAAGUGAUUGUAAAGUCACCACCAAUUUCAGCAAAUCCGUUUGACGAUGAUGAUGAUUGAACUAAUAAAUGCAGAAAAUAAUCAAUAUUGCUAAUUUUAUAGUCAAUGAUAUUUAAUACUUUAUUAAUUUCCAAUUUCUUAUCUCUGAUAUUAGUGGAAUGUAGUAAGGCUUCAAAGUGAUUAUUGCUCUUAUAACUUUGACUUUAAUUGAUAUAUUAGUUUCCAUUAUACACGAUUUAAAUUGUUAUUCAUGUGCGAUAUGUAUUCUCUUAAUUAAACAUUUUGUAUUCCAUAAAAUGAAUCGCUAUAUCUAUAAAAAUGAAGAUUCAUGUUGGUAUAUAGUGAAUAAAUGCAUACCCAAAAGUAUAUCGUUAGCAAUGUGUAAAGAAGCAUGUAAAAGUCAUUUGUAGCAAAAGAUGCGAAUAUCCAAAAUAAAAUUAUGAACGAUUGUAUAACUAACCACGAGAUUAUGAGUUUUGGACGGUUCUAGAAAGGAAAUUGAGAAUUGAGGAAAUUAGUUUUGGCACAACAAAAUUGUGAAUUUAGGUCUUACAUGAAUUGUUCCACAUACAAGUGCUAAUGAGCUCAUAAAGCUUAAUGCUUGAAGACUUAUGUAUAUAAUUAGGAUCGUGACCACAACUUCUUCCAUUUCUCCAAAAAUGUUGCGAUCCGGACACUAUCAAAGUCUUCCUUUUCGUAGAAUGAGGACAUUAAAUUAUCGUAAUUCAAUAAGAAGCUUCCAAUAAUAAGAACAAUUGUAAUGCUAAGGAACGAAUAAGUACAUCCCAGCACUAUCGAAAAAGUUGAUAAUCUCACACACAUGCAGCAUUUCUGAACCUUAAUCAUAAUUUUUAUGGAGCUUCAAAUUUCUUUAAAAAAUAAUUCCACUAGAAAUAUUUCAAAAUUGCACAUAAUCGAGCGAAAUACUGAAGCAAACUAAAUAAGUGUACAGCGUAGAAAUAUUGAUUCUUUUACUUGUUUAUAAACGUAAAAAAAAGUGGAAUGGAAGGAACUUUCCUCUGACUCAUUCACUUUCAAUAGUAUUUGCUUCCUUUACUCUCUUCUUCCUUCUCCUUCGUACUCUGAAUCGAUAAAUUCACAUGUUGGUUUUCCACAACAUUUUUGCUGUUAUGACAGGCAGGCAAACGAGCCGCUCCCUCAAGUCAACUCGUGUUACGAAGGAUGUUCAUUGAAAACACAAAGACUAGUAUAAAUUCCUUUUUAAGUGUUUUAUUAUCAACUGUGAUUUUGAUAAUCGUAGUUUAUUGCCUUUAUGAAUGCUCAUCAUUGCUCUUUUAUGUGUAGGAAUAAGGAGCUGGUGGUGGUUUCGUCUGGAUAUAAAGCAACUGAUUAUCUGUAUAUAUUAACUUUAGGAAUUUAACCAGCGACUUCAAAAGUGGUGAUCUCUAACCAAUCGAGUAGAGAUUUCUGUCAUUAAGCAACUAAGGUACUUAUC